ACCUCACAUUUUGUAAAUACCUUUGCUUCCUUGUAGAAGAAGUUAAAGUAAAGUAGUGAGUCGUACUCGGAGAAUCACAGCCGUCUGCAGAGGGUUUGUUCCGGUAAAAGCGAUGGGGAAAAUAGAGUGGGCGAUGUGGGCCAAUGAACAGGCUCUGGCUUCGGGACUCAUUCUCCUUACUGGAGGUAUUGUAGGUGUGGCUGGACAGUUCAGAGGCUGGCAAUUUGCAGCUUAUGCAGUUGCUGCUGGGGUGUUUGUGUGUCUACUUGAGUAUCCCAGAAGCAAGAGAUCCAAGGGCACAAGUGUAGAGAGAACGGGCCAGUACUGUUUCACUGUGUGUGUAAAAGCAUUCGGGCCACUGACAAGGAACUACUAUGUCAGAGCAUUUUUACAUGCUGCAAUCUGUGUACCUGGAGGUUUUAUGCUUGCUACUGUCCUCGGAUGUGUCUGCCUCGGGAUUGCCAGCCUCAUCUACCUUGUGGCAGCUAUCCGAGGUGAACACUGGGAGCCAAUUCUUCCAAGGAAGGAGGUCCGAAAGCCAGUUACAGAGAGCAUUAAAAAUCCUCCUCAGAAUCCACCACCAAGACCUCCUGCAGAGAUGCGUAGGAAACGGGUAGAUGACCUGGAGGGAGCAGCCUAUGACAACCCCAUCUCUGUCACUGACGAUUAACCAGUGCCAGUGCCCUAUCCUCUGUGUCCCUUCUUUUCUCUGCCUGAGAUCUUGAGAUCUACAAAUCUAUUAAAACCAGAUGUCACCAGAUUUGUUAUUCUGGACAAAUGAAUAGUUUAGAAGUUUAGUGAAGCUAGUGAUUGGACUGCAUGUUGGGUCCACACUUUAAUACCACAUCCAGCAGUGAAAUGUCUUGAAGGCUGUUUCUUAGCAUGAACAGAGAUUACAAAGAAGAAGAAGUGAUUGUCAUAUUUUACUUAUGAACAAAAAAUGCAGUGUGGAAAAAAAUGUACAUGCUAUAGCUGCUAAGUGGAACCAGAUACAGACAAUGCAGGACUACAUAGCAUUGUUUGCUAGGAUUAAAUUGACAUUGGCACAUAUGUAUGUGACUGAUAUUAGCCCUUUUGCUCUGUACUUUGUUGUCUUGUAAAUAAAUCCUGUGUGCCCUGAAUCAUGA